ACGAGAAUCAUCUGCGUACCUACCUUACUCUCUCUCAAAGACUGUUUGGUCUUCUUUUGCUUUUGUGUAAACCUGCGCCGUAAAUAGAGAAAUGACUUUGUCACUCUUCAAGUCGAUAACCUCUCCAAAGCUCCACUUCUCCGCACCACUUGGGUUCUUCUCUCGUUGCCCUUUGGUUGCCAACGCUGGUGUGUCAACAAUGUCUUCUAAAUCUAUUCCUUUCGCUUCACUCACUAUCUCGGCCGCUGCUUCUGGUAAGAAGGAAGUAGUGGCAACAGAGAAAGCACCAGCUGCUUUGGGACCAUACUCUCAGGCUAUCAAAGCUAAUAAUUUAGUUUUCCUCUCUGGUGUUCUUGGACUUAUACCUGAGACUGGAAAGUUUGCUUCAGACAGCGUUGAGGAUCAGACAGAGCAGGUGCUCAAGAACAUGGGGGAGAUACUGAAAGCCAGUGGUUCUGAUUACUCCUCCGUGGUGAAGACAACGAUCAUGCUUGCUGACUUGGGUGACUUCAAGAAAGUGAACGAGAUAUACGCCAAAUACUUCCCAGCUCCUUCUCCAGCACGAUCAACAUAUCAAGUCGCGGCUUUGCCUCUGAACGCCAAGAUCGAGAUCGAAUGUAUUGCAACACUCUAGAAACACGCUAUGAAGAGGUGGGGAAAGAUGUCAAAACAAAUAAGACAAUAAACCAUGGUUUUGGGGGGGGCUUAUCUUAUCAUAUCCCUAAAUCAAGAAUAAGCGAUGUAGUCUUCUAUUUGACCGUCAUUUUGAAGUUUUGACUUGAUAUAUAUUAAGUACAAUGUUUUUUUUAAGAAACCUUGAAUGCCUAGCUAUGCUGAACAAAGAUAGUGUUUGGUAA